AAAGCUGUUUGUUUUGAUUGAUGUUAGAGGAAAGUCUAGCAUUGAGAUCCUCUAUUACAACCUAAAGAGAUUUUUUCAGAUUUUUUUAAAAGAUUGAAUGCUUCAUUUCGUACCUGAGAUAUAGUUAUGCUUGAUUCUAAUUACAUUAUAUAUUAAAAUUGAAUGUUACAGGUGACAUCGUUCGAGGGUGGUAAAUAUUGGCAACCCCUCAUCAGAGGUGGUUUAUCCCAAAUUGUGACCAACUCCCAAGGAUCUUACAAGGUGUUCCUUUCUCGCGUUUCAUUACCCAAUUUUUGUCAAUUUAUGUCGUGCACAGGUCGAGCAGGAACGAGACAACCUGUGCCGACGGUAUGUUUCAGGAUCAGAGGGAGGUGUUCACGUCGUGGGCCAUCAAAACCUACUCGAGCGGAUUCAAGACUAAGACAGUGACCAGGGAGAAGUACAGGAGGAUCGUGGACACAAUGAAAGGGGAGAUACGAAACUCGGCUGAGAACUCAAAGUUCAGGUUUUGGAUGCGGAGCAAAGGGUUCAGGCUCGACGGAGACCAACUCUACGUACUGUCUGCAGGGGGUCUGGAUUACAAGAAGGUAGCUGUCGUCGAGGAUUUCUACGAUAUCAUCUACGGCGUCCAUGUGGAGAAAGGGGCGAAAAAUGGAUACCACGCCGGACAGAAGAGGACAUACCGAGCUGUGACGGAGCGUUACGCGUUCUUGCCCAGGGAGGCGGUGACACGCUUCCUCCUCGGCUGCAGCGAUUGUCAGAAGAGAGUCGACCCCGAGUCGACGCCAGUCACGUCUCGACACGGCCAGGACUACCUCCCAAUCAAUCUGACAACGAGAAACUGUGUUAUCACCCUCUCCGUGCCGGAUUUCCGACGAGGUCCCGCCGACUCGUGGGAGGGCUGGUCGCCGAGGAAAAAAACACGUUUGGAGGACUCGUCAGGAUCGGACAUCGGAGUUUCUCCCAUUUCUACAGACGAGGAGUUUCCAAUUAAGAAGGAAAUGCGUGUAUCACCUGAAAUCGACGUCCAGGAAGACGCUAUCAACGGAAAGAACGGGACGGAAAACCCGGGUGUGGAAACGGACGAGGCCUGGAACUACGGUAUCGUCAAAAAGAGCAGUACACCACAAAGAGAACUAUCGAGCCCUCUGCACGAAACGAGCUCCGUUCACGACGAGACGUCCUCCUCUGGAAACAAAGACGAUGACGACGACGACGACGAUGAUGACCUUAAAGCGCCACACCACGAUUCCGAAAGGCUCAAAGCUUUCAACAUGUUCGUGAGGUUGUUUGUCGAUGAAAACUUGGACAGGUGUGUUCCGAUAUCGAAACAGCCGAAGGAGAAGGUUCAAGCGAUCAUCGACUCGUGCACAAGACAGUUUCCAGAGUACGGCGAAAGGGCGAGGAAGAGGAUCAGGACGUAUCUGAAAUCUUGCAGGAGAAACAAAAGGUCCAGGGACUCGACGAGCUGGCCCGAACCCGGCCGUCCUACCCCUGCUCACCUCACUUCGGUUCAGGCAGAGCAGAUCUUGGCGGUGGCGUGCGAAAACGAAUCGCACAACGCGAAAAGGAUGCGACUCGGAUUGGAACCUGUAAGUCAGCCGAUGCCGUCCUUUCCGAACGAGGCUCGGCCCAGCCUCGACUUCGGCCCGGCCAACCUCGGAAUGGACAUCAAAACGGCAAACAACAACAACAACAACAAACCGGGAAGCCCCAACUACGCCAAACCGGAGCUGCAUAGCAAAUCAAUCAACACGACCAAUGUGAAUACUCUCAACUCCGGAGCUUUCCCCGGAUUGGCCCAGUACCGAAACCUGUACAUGGGCCAGGGCCAGUUCGCCACGCCGAUCCUCCCCGGUUUCCAUCCGAACGGACCCGAAGACCUCAGCGUCCGGGGUUGCGCCGCUGCACAGCCCCGAAGCAUCUUGUCUCAGAAGCUGUCGAGCGCGGAAGUGAGCGCCGUCCGGCAGCUGAUCACCGGCUACAGAGAAUCUGCAGCGUUCCUCCUCAGAAGCGCCGACGAACUCCAGGCACUAUUGGCACAGCAUCCUCAAAUCUAAUGGACUCUCUCUUUCUCAAACUCCUCGCUUUUCCUCUUGUAUAUAACUUUCAAAUUUACAAAUUUCAAAACAAAAAUCAACCUAUUAUAUUAUAUAUUAUUAAUCUUCAUUCCAAGGGAAAGAAAUUGUUAAACAAAAUUUUCGAGACUGCCUAAAAAAAAUUUUUGGACCCUUUUUUCCCUCGCUUUAAGAAAGUUCCAUACUUUUCAAACUAAAAAAAAAAAACUUUCUAAGUGUACAAACAAAUUAUAAGAGAUUUUAUUAUAUAUAAGAG